GGUUCCAAGAUGGCGGCAGGUGUGUGAGCGCGGCGGUUAGUCGGGGAAUCCGUCCCGGAGGUACCUGCCGCCAUGAAGGGCAAGGAGCGCUCCCCGGCCAAGGCCAAGCGGUCCCGGGGUGGCGGCGAGGACUCGGCCUCCUCCUCUUCUUCGGCCCGGGCCGAGCGGAGCAGCAAGAAGCCCGGCGGCUCCGGCGCGGGCGGCAGCAACGGGGGGAAAGCGGCGGGCGGCUCCGGCGAGAGCAGCAGCCGGCGGGGCCUGCACCUGGACAAGGCCAGCCGGGGCGGGAGCCGCGAGUACGAGUCGGGGGCGGCGGUGAGCUCCGGCCGCCACAGCUACAGCAGCAGUAGCAGCAGCAAGAACGCGGAGUCGUCCCGGAGCAGCGGUAGCCGGGGCGGUGGGGGUGAGUCCCGGGCGCCGCCGGCCCCCUCCUCCUCGUCGGAGUCGGCCGGGGCGGGAGGAGGCGGCGGGAGCGGCGAGUACAAGACGCUGAAGAUCAGCGAGCUGGGCUCGGCGCUGAGCGACGAGGCGGUGGAGGACGGGCUUUUCCACGAGUUCAAGCGCUUCGGGGACGUCAGCGUCAAGAUCAGCCGCCUCCCGCCGGGCACCGGCGCCAGCGACGAGCGGGUGGCUUUCGUCAACUUCCGCCGGCCGGAGGACGCCCGCGCCGCCAAGCACGCCCGCGGCCGCUUGGUGCUCUACGACCGACCGCUCAAGAUCGAAGCGGUCUACGUCGGGGGGAGCAGCCGGCGCCGCAGCAGCCGCUCCCCGGCCCUGCUGGACAAGGAUUCUCAUUCUCCCUAUGGGGCCGCGGCUGUGGGCGUGGCGGCUGCAGCGGCCGCAGCUGUCAGGCAUCCCCAGGCCGGAGCAACCCAGAGGGCGCUGUCGCCAGUGGGUGGAGGAGGGGGCCUGGGCUACAGAGACUACCGGCUACAGCAACUCGCUCUGGGCCGCCUGCCUCCACCACCUCCCCUGCCUAGGGAGCUGGAGAGGGAGCGGGACUACGGGGCUUUCUAUGAUACCCGUGUGCGGCCAGCCUAUGGGCUGGAGCGAGUGGCUGGAGUGGCAGCGGCUGGGGGCUUCCGAGGAGGAGGAGGUGGUGCAGGAGUUGCGGGUGAGGAGGAGAUCAGUCCUGAGGAUGAUCAGAGAGCCAACCGCACUUUGUUCCUGGGCAACCUGGACAUCACGGUGAGCGAGUCGGACUUGCGCCGGGCUUUUGACCGCUUCGGGGUCAUCACAGAAGUGGACAUCAAGCGUCCGGGUCGUGGCCAGACCAGCACCUAUGGCUUCCUCAAAUUUGAAAAUCUGGACAUGGCUCACCGGGCCAAGCUAGCUAUGUCUGGAAAGGUGCUGCUGCGCAACCCUAUCAAAAUUGGUUAUGGCAAAGCCACUCCUACCACCAGGCUUUGGGUGGGUGGCCUUGGCCCCUGGGUGCCACUGGCUGCCCUGGCAAGGGAGUUUGACCGUUUUGGCACCAUUCGCACUAUUGACUAUCGUAAAGGAGACUCGUGGGCUUACAUUCAGUAUGAGAGCCUGGACGCAGCUCAGGCCGCUUGUGCCCACAUGCGUGGCUUCCCUUUGGGUGGCCCAGACCGCCGCCUCCGAGUGGAUUUUGCUGACACUGAGCAUCGCUACCAGCAACCCUACUUGCAACCGCUGACCCUACCACCGCCUGCCCACUAUGAGCUAGUAGCAGAGGCAGCUGCCUUUGGGGCUCACCGUGGAGCUCCCCCAGACCCACUUCGGGGGGCACGGGACAGGACACCACCUCUGCUCUAUAGAAACCGCGACAGAGAUCUCUAUCCUGAGGCAGACUGGGUGCCACCACCACCACCUGUACGGGACAGGAGCAAUCGAGCAGCUGCCUAUGACCCACUGGAAAGUUUGGAGCGCCGACGGGAUGGCUGGUCCCUGGAACGGGACCGAGGAGAGAGGGAGCUGGGUGGCACCAGCAGCAGUAGGGACCAACCCAGGAAGCGAAGAUUGGCAGAGGAUGGUGGCCGGCACUUAGACCGCUCUCCAGAUAGCGAGCGUUCAUCUGUGUCCCGUAAGCGACAUUGUUUGGCCACAGCCUCUCCCCCAGACCGCAGUCCUGACCUUGGUGGGAGCAGGGAGCGCUAUGCUAGUGACACAGAACGCUUAUCCUCCCGUUUGCUCCUGCUGGAGCGGCCAUCACCUGUUCGGGAACCACGCAGGGGCAGUCUUGAACGAGGUCAGAAUGAAAAGCGUGACCGCAAAAACUCUGCUGAAAGAGAGAGGAAGCACCGCACCUCCACUGCAGCAGCCGCCCAGGAGUGCAAGAGCCCAGCCAAAAAGGACGAGCGAACCACGGAAGGAGGCAGUGGUGGAGGGUCCCGGCUCAAACCUCCACCCCAGAAGCAGCCGCAGCAAGAUGGAACGUCACAGGCUGGCGGGGCUCCCAAACUAUGCCUGGCUUGGCAGGGAAUGCUCCUGCUGAAGAAUAGCAACUUCCCGUCCAACAUGCACCUGCUUCAGGGGGACCUCAGUGUAGCUAGCAGCCUCCUGGUGGAGGGAGCAACUGGUGGCAAAGUGGCCCAGCUCAAGAUCACCCAGCGCCUCCGCCUGGACCAACCCAAGCUUGAUGAAGUCAACCGCCGUAUUAAAGUGGCGGGACCCAAUGGUUAUGCCAUCCUCUUGGCUGUGCCUGGCACCUCGGACAAUCGCUCUUCAUCUGGGGCCAGUGAUGCUGCCACCACCUCCACACAGAGGCCGCUCAGGAACCUCGUGUCCUAUCUAAAGCAAAAGCAGGCUGCCGGAGUGAUCAGCCUCCCUGUGGGGGGCAACAAAGACAAGGAGAACAGCGGGGUCCUGCACGCCUUCCCACCCUGCGACUUCUCCCAGCAGUUCCUGGACUCCACGGCCAAGGCCCUGGCCAAAUCAGAGGACGACUAUCUGGUCAUGAUCAUUGUCCGUGGUGCAUCCUAAAGCCCUUGUGUUUUCUGUAUCCAACCCUGCCUAUUUCUCCUCCACACAGCCCCUCCAGUGUGUGCCAGGUGCUAUGGGAUACAGCCUUAGCCAACUCCACAAUUAUUUUUAAUUAGAUCGUUAUUUGUAGCCAAUUUUCCCCACCUGUUUUUCUGUAACUACAGUUUUCUAUAGUUAGAAGCCAGGAAGGUUUAGCCUUCUGCCUGAGUAGGAUAUUUUGAGGAUCCUUUAUCAAUGAAGCAGGCUUAACCUCCCUGCUACCUGCUACCCUCAACUAAAACUGAAAAAUUCCCACUUCUUUUUUAAUUUUAACUUUUUUCAUUUGAUCAUUUUUUUUAAAAGCAGGUUUAAAAACUCCUCUAGAAUUACAAACUUAAAAGACCAGGUAUAAAGCACUAAGUAGUUUAAACAGAAAACCGCAUACCAGAUAGUGGACUGGCAUUGACUCAUUUUGAGUCUUUGAAAUUCUGUGAAGGCCUUAGACCGGUAGCCCUAAGUUAAAUAAGUCCUUUAUCAGGCACCUGAAUGGUUUCACUUUGAGUUGACUGACUCAAGGUUGAUUUCUUUUAAGCGACUAGCACCUCAUCUUGUGGUACACUGUAGCUCGAAUAUUGAAUUCCUUUGUAGGUAUUAAUUUGAGGAUUUCACUCAGUCCACAGAAAUGCAUGCCCAGAAGGUAUGCUUUUAACAGGUGUGUUCCUCCUGUUCUGAGUUCCAUUGUAUCCCAUAUAUGCACUUUGGGUUUGUAGCAGUAACAACAUUUUGGUAAAUAGGUGAGGACUUUGUUACAAACCUUGAAUGUCUUGUGCUUACUCUAGUAUGCAAGAAACAAGUAGGUGCUUUAAGAACAACUAAUCAUUUGAUGGGUUUUUUGUUUUUACUGCCUUUUUCAGAGUUGCAGGUAUAGUGGAUUCCACAGUGCAAACUCCAGACAAGUAUACUCUUCAGAGAGGGCUUUUAAUUCUGUGAAAAUUAAACUAUGUAAAGUUUUCAUCACCAUUUUAUCUUUGUUAAUAGAAAGAAACUGCUGUCUGUCUUCUGAGGUACAGUAGAGUGGGCAUUAUGUGAGGUUUCAUAAUCAUUGGGACUGCAGUGUUUUUUAGCAUUUUGGCAGAGUAUUAAAAGUUCUCCAAAAUGUUGAAAAAGUAGUUCACCUUGUUCAGCAAACCUGGUUCAUUUUCAUUUAAACUUUUCUCUAUGCUUUUCUCCCUUGUCUUGAUAAAACCUAGGGAAAAAACAGAGAUCAAAACAUUUUAAAGCCCGCCACU